AACAAACCGGUCAAAUGAGACCGACAGCUUGAGAGGUUCCGAGUGUUUCAAAGUUUAUCGGAUUAAUGCUUUGCGUCGGGAAACGUCCAAGUCUACUUUACAUGUUUUAACGACUUACAGGCCUGAAGGGAGAUUAUGUCGUGGCGAUGUCCGUCCAUCCAACCGUCCGUCCCGGGAAGGCCAUCAAAGAAAUAAACGAGAAUGGAGCCCAAAAAGAAUAAAGGCUUAUUCAAACUCCGAGAUAAAAACAAGCCCUUGUUUAAUGUGAAGAUGGGAAAGAAAGCCAAGAAGACUGCUCUGCGGUACAGGAGGAGCAUCUCAGUACCAGACUUAUUCAGUGAACAAUCAAUGCCAUCCCUUCUAGACCCUACUGUUCAGUCUUCCUUCCAAGACUCAUUUGUUGGGUCAGUUCAUUCAUUUGGUCUUGAUGAAACAAAGUGUGAAACCUCCAGCCUAACUGAUAGUCUCACUGCCACAAACACAACGAUACCUGUAAAGUGCUCCGACCCAUACACUGUCCCAGAUCCCCCAUUUACAAAAAGGGUCCUGGGCAAGCAUGAUGUUCCAGACAUACCUUUGGAUCAAGUUGUUACCUCAAAUGCACUGUCAUCAGCCAGGUACCUGGACCCAAUUACUGCUACAUACACACCAUCCUCAGCCAAGGCUCUGGACAACCUGAUACUUCCAAACACACCACCUAGAGAGAGGCCUAUCAGUGUGUCAGCCACAAAGGAUAAACCAGAUAAACGGACGGAGGAAAAGGAAAGAAACACCAAAUGGUACAUAGAGGACAGUGAGUUAAGUUGCAACACACCAUUUGAGGACUGCUCAUUCACCUACUGUUCUCCUGACCAUGACCUGACAGGGUCUGGGCCUGUUACACCAAGAUCUACAGAGAUGUUUAUUAUUGGAUCAGCUGAGGACAAGAACGAAGUUUCCAAUGAGACCAAUGACUAUGACCCCGAUUUCUCAGGAAGUGAAACAAAAAGCUCAGUGAGCAGUGAAACCCAGGUCUUUCCAGCAGGCCAGAAGCUCCAUUAUCUCCUCACCAUCAACUUAAAGGAAGGAAGGAAACUGGCCAUCAGAGACCGCUCAGGUACCAGUGACCCAUAUGUCAAAUUCCAAAUAGAUGGCAAGACAGCCUACAAAAGCAAGGUCAUGUACAAGAACCUCAAUCCUGCAUGGAAUGAGUCUUUCUCCAUCCUCAUCAGGGGCCUGGAGCAGAAUGUCAUAGUUAAGGUGUACGACCGGGAUCUGAGAUCUCGGGACUUCAUGGGUUCAAGCACCAUCACUCUCAGUAACUUGGAGUUGGACAAAACAUCUGAGAUGGUCCUGCGUUUGAAAGACCCAUGCAAUCAGGAAGAGGACAUGGGAGUAAUAAUCUUAGACGCCUGUGUGUCCAUCUGUGAGGGGCCCACCAAACGAAAUAAAUGGCCACUUAGGAGGAAAGGAAGCUUCAAUAAGGGUCAGCUCCGAGGGGCUGCCGUGCAGAAAAGCCAAGUGUGGGGUGGAGUAUACACUGUGGUGCUUGUGGAGGGGCAGGACAUAGCUGAAGGUGGCCAAGGGGAUGUCUUUGUCCGCAUCAAAUUGGGAGAGCAGAGGUUCCAAAGUAAGAAUCUGUGCAUUAAGACCAAUCCACAGUGGAGGGAGAAGUUUGAAUUCAACCGGUUCGAGGACGGCCAGGCAGAUGUGCUGCUGGUCGAGCUUUGCUGCAAGAAGGGCAGAAAGUGUGAGGAAUGCUUGGGAGUGAGUGAACUUGACCUCUCACAGCUGCCAGCCAAUACAACACAGAUACACAAUGUGAAUACAGGCAAAGGUCGGUUGGUGGUUCUGGUCACACUGAACCCCUGUUCUGGUGUCUCCAUCACUGACCUGGGCUCCACAACCUCAGAGAAUCCAUUCACCUCUGAAAGCAACCUGAAGAAAUAUAGUCUGAUGAACACGCUGGAUAACCUACAGGAUGUCGGCUAUCUCCAGGUCAAGGUUUUACGGGCUGCAGACCUUUUGUCUACAGAUCUGAAUGGUAAAAGUGACCCGUUUUGUGUGCUGGAACUUGGGAACAGCAAGCUGCAGACUCAAACCAUUCAUAAGAGCCUCAAUCCAGAAUGGAGAACAGCUUUCACAUUGCCAGUUAAGGACAUUCAUGAGAUCCUAAUUCUGACUGUUUUUGGUGAAGAUGGAGACAAAGUCCCAGACUUUCUGGGGAAAGUUGCUAUUCCUUUGCUUACUGUUUCUAACGGGCAACAAAUAACCCGUCUUUUGAAAAAGGAGAAUUUGGAAGACAUGUCGAAAGGAAGCAUUACACUGGAGAUGAAUGUUUUGUACAACCCGGUCAGAGCUGCCAUUCGAACCUUCCAACCCAAAGAAACAAAGCUUGAGGACAACCCAAAAUUCAAUAAAAAGCUGUUAGCACGCAACAUUUACCGCGUGAGGAGAAUCAGCAUGGCCAUUCUGUAUACGCUGCAGUACAUUAAGAGCUGCUUCCAGUGGGAGAGCACUCAGAGGAGCAUCAUUGCCUUCCUGGUCUUUGUAUUGACAGUGUGGUACUUUGAGCUGUUCAUGUUGCCUCUUUUCCUCCUGCUGCUCAUCGGCUGGAAGUAUUUCCACAUCACGCCAGGCAUGGGCAGCUACAGUCAGGACCUGGAGAACAUCUCUGCUGCAGAGGACGAAGAUGAAGAUGAAAAGGAAUCAGAGAAAAAAGGCCUGAUGGAGAAAAUCCAUAUGGUUCAAGAAAUUGUGCUCAUUGUCCAAACCCUUGUUGGUGAGGUAGCAUGCAUCGGAGAAAGAGUAAAGAACACUUUCAACUGGUCAGUGCCGUUCUUGUCCUUCCUGGCCUGCUGUGUCCUGCUCAUUGCUACAGUUACACUCUACUGCAUCCCUUUGCGCUAUAUUGUCUUGUUAUGGGGUAUUAACAAAUUUACAAAGAAGUUCCGCAACCCACAUGCCAUUGAAACCAAUGAAAUCCUGGAUUUUCUCAGGAGACUACCAUCUGAUAUUCAAAAGGUGCAGUAUAGUGAGCUGAGAGUGGCCGGCAUCCAGAGCGCACAGAAUAAGAAGAAGCGCUAGUGCUCAUGCAAGUUGUUCCGGAUGAAAGGGCAAGACACUGGUUGAAAGUGGUCCCCUCCCUUCCUGUAGAAUCAAGUGGAGCCCCCACCCACCAGACUUAUCUCCUGUGGGGAGGCUGCUCAGCCUCUCUCAAAUGGCAGUGUGUGUGUACAGUAUAUAUGUGUGUGUGUGAUAGAACAUUAUGUCACUCAGUGAUUUGCAGACCAGCACGUUGGGAUGUAAUUAACGGAGCAUGAUCAGAAUAAACAAGGUAAAAGCAAUGUAUCCCUGGCCCUGCAGUCAUAAUGCAAAACACAACAAGCAAUUAAUAAAUUAAUGAAUACAAUAGUAUUAUAAAUUAAUAAGUGACACAAAAUGUUCUGGUGGCGUAUUAUUAAUUUGAGGGUGACAUGAUUUAUUUUUCAAUAAAAGGAAAUUAGGCUGUACGCAGCAAACGCUGUUGAUGGAAAAUGCAGCAAUAUCAGAAAUAGUGAUGUAAACAGUAAAAUGGAAGAAUGCAAAUAUGACCUUUUGGAAAAUGUGUUAAUUAACGUGUAUGGAUUAAAUUAUUUGUCGCAAUAGUUUUCAUCCUAUAUAUUUCAUUAAAAAAGUUACACUGAUAAAGGUAUAAAGCCAACUAA